AUGUCGACUAUCGACCCGAACCAGCGAUACGUUGAGCCCCUCCAGGGCACAGGCUUGAGCCUGUUUGUUGUUUCGAUAGUCGGUGGAAUUGUCUCCCUCAUUGUCGUGGGUUUGCGGACCUUGGUCCGAAUCCAGGGACGUUCAUUCAGCCUCGACGAUGGCUUAAUGCUUGGUGGUCUUGUCGUCUACAUUGUCGACGUAGCCCUCGCUUGUGUCGGUGCCCUCUCUGGCCUCGGCACCCGCAACGAGGACAUGAGCCCAAUCAUGAUGAUGGAGUCAAUGAAGUAUCUAAUGAUAUGGAUGAUGCUGUACGUCAUCGGGCUCUGCCUCGUCAAGUUGUCUAUUUGCUUCACCACCCUUCGCAUCGCCACUACCAUGCCGACGCUCCGCAUUGGCGUCUACGUCCUCAUGGGCCUGACAGUCGCCACUUUCGUGACAACAUUCAUCGGCAUCCUCCUGCUCUGCCGCCCCGUCGAAGCGAAUUGGGACCAGAGCAUCAUUCUCGAGGGCAGGGGCGAGUGUUCCCCCAUGAGCGCCAUGCUGGGGUUGUCGUACACCUCAACCGCGAGCACCAUCGCCACGGACCUCGCGUGUGCGGUGCUUCCAGCCAUUAUUCUCUGGAGAACCCAGAUGAAGCUUUCGAAAAAGAUCAUGGUCUCGACAAUUCUGUCCUUUGGCUCCUUCGCCUCCAUCUCGACCAUGAUCCGCACUCCCUACAUCGACUAUUACAACCGACCCACGGAAGACCUGGCUUUCCACAUCGCCAACAUACCCCUCUGGUCCAACAUCGAAACCGCCGUCGGCCUCAUUGCUGGCUCCCUCCCCGCCUUGCGGCAGCUUGUCAUGCGCCACAGCAGCCCAAAGGCAACGGCCCACAGCGCUACCGGUGACACUCGCGGCCUCGAUCCCGCAGCGUCCGCCGGCCUCGUCACCAUCGGCGGCUCGGGUGCUGCUGUUCGUUCCAAGGACCGCAGGGCCCUCAAGUCUGUCUACGACAUUGACGAGGCUGAAGAGGGCGAUUGGACGCGCCUCGACGAAGAUAACAACUCGGACAAAGAGAGCACGGUGCCAAUUCGAGGGAUUCGAAAGGACACGACUUUCGAGAUGUCGUCACUGCCAGGCAAGGGGGGCAUUCAGUAA